GCCAGGACCGUCCCUUCGGUGGUUCACUUUGAAGUGCACAGUUAAAUCCACAGCGCAGUGUUUGUGAGGAGAGCCCCGAGGACAUUUGGUGCCUGCGAGGAGGGCUUGAAACAGGACCUGGAUUGAGAGGAGGAGGAGGAGAAGGAGGGAGAAAAGAAGGAGAAGAAGGGGGGCAGGAGAAAACAGGGGCUGGAAGAGGGAGGGGUUUAGGCUUUUGAAGAUUCCCCCCCCCUUUCCCCACCUUCUCUUUCAGCUUGAGUAGUAGCUGGGAAACACAGAGAGAGAGAGAGACUCUGAAGGAACUCUCCUCUGCUUCAUCCCCCCCCCCCCUUAUUAUUGUAUUUUUUGGGUUGGGGGCAACCUCCACACUGCAAAAAAAGCUUGGAGAGCAGGAUGGAAACUCUGAUGUGCCCUGAGAAGGGGGAGGAUUGGAAAAUGCUCCUUUUCCCUUCCCAAUCUGUAGGAUUUUAAUUGAUUUUUGUGUCUGUCUGGGGGAGAAAUAAGCCACCACCACCAGCACCCCCCUAUGCAAAAGGAAGGAAGCAACUCCUGGGGAUGAUCAAAUGAGAGAAGACUCAGAGGAUCCCCUGCUGACUUGAGAAAGAAGAGAGAGACACACAAACACACACACACACAGAUUACUGAGGAACUUAAAAAGAAAGGAGGGGGGAGCAAAUCCCUGCCAGAAGGAACUCCAGCAGGAACCAUGAGCAGUGCAGCCUUGCUGACUCACCUUCCAGACCCCAGUAGCAGCUUCAGAGAAGAUGCCCCACGCCCCCCUGUACCAGGGGAAGAAGGAGAGGCACCAUGCCACCUGCCUGCCAGUUUGUUUCUUGUGAAAAACCAAAGCUUCAAGGCCAUGUCAGUUUCUUCCACACCCAGAAGGAAUGAGGAUGGUCUGGGGGAGCCAGAAGGCAGUGCGUCUCCGGAUUCCCCUCUGGCGCGAUGGACCAAAUCCUUGCAUUCCUUGCUGGGAGACCAAGAUGGUGCCUAUCUCUUCCGGACCUUCCUGGAAAGGGAGAAAUGUGUGGAUACUUUAGACUUCUGGUUUGCCUGCAAUGGCUUCAGGCAGAUGGACCUUAAGGAUACCAAAACGUUAAGAGUCGCCAAAGCUAUCUACAAAAGGUACAUUGAGAACAACAGCAUUGUCUCCAAGCAACUCAAGCCUGCCACCAAGACCUACAUAAGGGAUAGUAUUAAGAAGCAGCAGAUCGAUUCGAUCAUGUUUGAUCAGGCGCAGACUGAGAUCCAGACUGUGAUGGAGGAGAAUGCUUACCGGAUGUUUUUAACUUCUGAUAUAUACCUCGAAUAUGUAAGGAGUGGGGGAGAGAAUCCUGCUUACAUGAACAGCAAUGGACUGGGGAGCUUAAAAGUUGACUGUGGCUACCUCCCUACCUUGAAUGAAGAAGAGGAAUGGAGCUGUGCUGAUUUUAAAAACAAACUUUUGCCAUCUGUCCUUGGGUUGUCCAGUAAGACGUUGCGGGCCACAGCCAGUGUCCGAGCUACAGAAACUGUGGAGAAUGGGUUCAGGUCCUUCAAGAGGAACGAUCCUGUUAACCCUUACCAUGUGAACUCUGGUUACGUCUUUGCUCCUGCCACUAGUGCAAAUGAUAGUGAAAUAUCUAGUGAUGCUCUGACUGAUGAUUCCGUGUCUAUGACGGAUAGCAGUGUUGAUGGUAUCCCUCCUUAUAGACUUGGAAGCAAAAAGCAGCUUCAGAGGGAAAUGCAUCGUAGUGUCAAGGCCAAUGGUCAAGUUUCUCUACCUCACUUUCCGAGAACUCACCGCCUUCCUAGGGAAAUGACCCCCGUGGAACCAGCUGCUUUUGCCGCCGAACUCAUCUCUCGGUUGGAAAAGCUCAAGCGGGAGCAAGAGACCAUGGACUCUCUGGAGGAGAGGUUGCAGCAAAUCACAGAGGAUGAAGAGAAGGAGGGAUCUGAUGUUCCUGUCAGCUCACAGGCCACCCGAGAAGUUACACCUGUCCAGCAUCAACAGCAUCCCCUGACUCUCCUCCCCUCCAGCAGCUAUGAGGACGAUCCCCAGGCCAUCCUGGAUGACCAUCUUUCACGGGUGCUGAAGACCCCGGGGUGCCAGUCUCCUGGCAUGGGACGACAUAGUCCUCGCGCACGCUCUCCAGACCGCUUCCCGAGUGGCAAAUUGCUACUGGCUCCUGGCACGGCCUCUAUACCCAACGCCUGUGCCCUUGUCAGCAAAGGAUUUGUCACCAAGCAGACCACCAAGCACGUUCACCAUCACUACAUCCACCACCACACCAUUCCCAAAACGAAGGAGCAGAUAGAAGCAGAGGCAGCACAACGAGCCCAAUGCUUGGGUCCUGCAGGGAGUGACUACUAUUGCUACUCCAAGUGCAAGGGCCACUCAAAAGGGGUGGAACUUCCUGUGGCGCAGCUGGAGCCCUUUGGCCUCAACAGAACAGGGACACUUCCGAAGAGGAACUGUAAGCUACCAGAUGGCGUCCUCCUCCCAGGUGGAGAAGGAGGAGGGCUCUCCAUCCCUCCAGGGGUCCAGCUACCUGCGGGGGAGGCUGACCGAUCACAGAACGUCUGGCAAUGGAUGCUGGAGAGUGAAAGACAAUCCAAGCACAAGCCCCAUAGCACACAAAGCACAAAGAAGGCCUACAAUUCGGAGUCCUCCAGAGGCGGGCCUGGGGAGCGUCCUGCCCGUCACCACCUGUGGGGGAGCAGCAGCCAUCCGCGGGGCGUUCAGCCAGCCCACCCUUUUGUCCAGGACCCGGCCAUGCCCCCUCUGACGCCCCCCAAUACCCUGGCUCAGCUGGAAGAAGCUUGCCGCAGGCUAGCAGAAGUAUCCAAGCCACAGAAACAACGAUGUUCAGCAUCAAAUCAGCCGAGGGAUCGCAACCACUUGACUUCCGUACCAGGAGGAAAUGGUCCUUUUUGCAAUGCCAGUGUAGCAACAGAAGAUCACAAAGAACCAAAGAAACUUCCUGCUACUCACUCCACCCAGCCUAGUGAGUUGAUUGUCACGUAUUUUUUCUGUGGAGAAGAAAUUCCCUAUAGGAGGAUGUUAAAGGCCCAGAGCCUGACACUUGGGCACUUUAAAGAGCAGCUGAGCAAAAAGGGAAAUUAUAGGUAUUACUUCAAAAGGGCAAGUGAUGAGUUUGACUGUGGAGCAGUUUUUGAAGAAAUCUGGGAUGACGAUGCCGUUCUGCCCAUGUACGAGGGAAGGAUUCUGGGGAAAGUUGAGAGGAUUGACUGACUGCCUGGCCGGCCUUUCCUGCGUGAAGGUGUUUAGGGAGACAUAAGCUAUAGAGGCCAGCCUCUGGACACAACCACCGAAUCAAGCUUUUGAAGGAAAGUUUGAACCAAUGAAGAAGAAGAAGCAACGUUAAUAAGCGGACAUCUGUGAAGACUUUGCCAAAUCAGCCUUAGAGGGGAAAAUGUAGAAGUCUGUUGCGCUGGGUACCAAGGUGUUGACAACCCUGAACUAUUUAUUACGAACAUGACCACUUUUGGUUACUGAAGAUGCAGCCCAUUGUUUCGAAAGACUUCCAUAUAUAAUAUAUGGCUUCCUGGGGAUCCCACACCUAUGGACUAAGAGAGACUAUGUAUAGUUUAUCUUAUGAUAACCCUUAUUGAUAUUUAUUGAACAAUCUUGGUUUUAUUCCCCCCUUACGUCCAAUGAUGGACAUGCUGCUUUAAACAAUGGAGAAAAGAGGGGAUAUGAUGUAGAGGAAGAGGUUGGUUUUAUAUUUUAUUUUUUCAUCAUUUCCACUGUCUAAAUAAUUGAAAAAUAAAAAAGUGCAUUUGUUUCUUGCCACCUUAGAAAGCCAGCUGGGAUUAUGUUAUAGACAGCAUUUCUCCAGUUGUUUUAUUUCUGGGGACGGGAGAGGAAGAGAAAUAAUGAAAAUUGUCCUACACAUGUGCUUUCUUCGAGAAUAAUGUUUUUUAAUCAAUGCUGCUCUGAUUCUAAGGCUUGGUGUAGACACAAUACAGCUUGAGUAUCCCUUACCCAAAUUGCUUGGGACCUGAUGUGUUCUGUAUUUUGGAUUUUUUCCAGAUUUUGGAAUUAUUUGCAUACAUUUAAAUGAGAAAGCUCAGAAAUGGGACCCAAGUCUAAACACAAAAUUCAUUUAUGUUACAUACACACCUUAUACACAAUCUGAAGCUAAUAUUGUACAGUAUUUUUAAUCACUUUGUUCACGAAACAAAGUUUGUGUACACGGAACCAUCAGAAAGCAAAGAUAAGUUUUAUUGUCUCGGCCACAAAUUGGACAAUUCUCAAUUUUGGAGUAUUUUGGAUUUUUGGAUAAGGGGUGCUCAAUUUGUAUUCUUGAUUGCCUACUAAUGAUUAACUAAUCAGGAGCCACCAACAGAUUAAGGUCCUUUCCUCUCCUCCUUCCUCUUCCCAACCCUUAUUUGAACUCGACUGUGUGGUGUUAACAGCGAGCACCUUUGAACGAAAAGUUGCCUUUAUUUUAACAGAGGUUGCUAAUUUGCUUAUGUUCAUAGCUACAAAGUCUGGCUUUGAAGCACACUACGGUUACUAUUAAGAUUGGUGCUGCCAUCUUGGUUGGCCCCAGGAAGAGUAUGGGAGGAAUGGGAGAUAUUCAAGCACCAGAGCAGAGGAGGAAAAAGCAUCUGAAGGCCAUAAUGGCUCCUGAUUUCUUAACCAUUAAUAGGAGACUGGGAAUGCUGCAGCUGCACCAAACCUAACAGUGUUCUCUUGGGUUCAAUAAUAUCACUGCUACAAAGGAUAAUAAUAACAUAUAUGGGUCUUGUCACUCAGACCCCUUCCACGCAACGGAAUAAAAUCCCACAUUAUCUACUUAUAACUGAGUUAUAUGGCAGUGUGGACUCAAAUAACCCAGUUCAAAGCAGAUAUUGUGGACUAUCUGCCAUGAUAAACUGUGUGGAAGGGCUCUCAGCUUCUGUGGUAAUAAUAUACAUCUGCCUAUAUAUAUAUUUGCUCCUCACUGUAUGCCUUUAGUAACGAAGGCACAUUGUGGCAAAUCCCAAGCACAGGCAAGGGAACCACGAUUUCAUAGUGUCCAGUUUUGUUGUAGAAAACCAUCUCAAACAGAGGAGGAAAAGUGGUACAUGAAGCUUACUAGUUCACAUUCACGCCAACAUAACUAUAGCCAGAUUAUCUAUAUUUUUUAGAAAUGGUAUGUCCUUCAAAAACAUCAGCUAGCACAGUGGUUUUCAACCUGUGGGUCCCCAGAUGUUUUGGCCUACAACUCCCAGAAAUCCCAGCCAGUUUACCAGCUGUUAGGAUUUCUGGGAGUUGAAGGCCAAAACAUCUGAGGACCCACAGGUUGAGAACUACUGGGCUAGCAUAUCUUUGUUCCCUGGCUUCUUUCAUGUGGUCACUUUUUGUAGCAAUGCUUUCAAUGUUGCAACUGCAGUUCAUAGACUUGAAGUGUCUCAAGAUGUGGUUUCCCAUCUUAGAUGGAAUGACUGUUAAAACAAUGGGGCUUUGGGCCCCUUCAGGGUAUGGACACUGAUUCCUAGAACCCCUGAAUAUUGACCAUGCUGGAUUCUGGGAAUGGUUGUCCAAAACAUCUGGAGAACCAAAACCUGGCAACACCUUUGCAUGUAAUGUUGGUGGCCCUGCAUACUCCAGUCAAAUAAUUUGCUCCAGCAGUCAAGUCAAGAGAAGCUAGUAUAUAAUUUUUGAUGUGGUCUCCUAAGUGUUGCCAUUGUUGUGCUCAACCAAAAGCCUGCUAUGCUACCAGACAAACCAGUCUGGAAUGACAUCACAGCUUUCUAAGCUUGCCUUGGGCAAAUGAGUCAUUUUAACUCCUUUGUUGGACAAACAUGAUACAAUGGCUGGCUUUGGGGGCUGCAGCUCCUCCUUUGCAGCCUACCAUGCUAUAAGGCUUUGCCUGUUGUACUUAAUGGCUGAAAUAUGUACAACCUGGGCUGUAAAAUCAUCACAACAGUCUGCUCAUCUGAUUGUAUCAUUUUGUGUAGUGUAACAUGACAGAGUGGGGACACAUAUAUACUCCAGAAAAGACCUUUAAUUUGGAUGUCCUCUUGGUUCUCGUUGGUGCGCUCUAUGCCAAUCUUACAUUUCUUUUGUAUAGUACGAUUGUACAUAGUGUAGAAAAAAUGUGGUGGAAAGAAAUACUAUUAAUACACUAUCUCUAGUGUGUUUUUUUAAAAAGGAAAAAACCUUCAAUCAGUACAGUACCUGUGCCUGCAUGGUGUUACUAUGCCAUGUUUUGCCCUAUGUUCAGGGUGCAGACUCUCCCUUGUUUGUUUAAGGGGUUUAUGUAUAAUAUAUUUUAUGCCUUUUUACUACAAGUCUUGUACUUUAUGACUUUUGCCAUGACAUUUGUUCUACUUAUACUGUAAAUUAUGCAUUAUAAAGAGUUUCAUUUAAAGAAAAAAAUUACUUGGUACAAUAAUUAUUGUAAUUAAGAGAUGUAGCCUUUAUUAAAAUUUUUAUAUUUUUCAAAUUAAUCUAAA